AUUUUUAGGCACAUGGUCUUAGUCCUCGCUAAAUUUUCUCUGGACUAAAACCCUAAACCCAUUCAUCCCUGAAAGGACAGUCAUAGAGCACCCAGCCAUGGCGAAAGCGAGCGACGCAGGCGUCGAAGCCCUACGGCGCCUGAAAGCCACGGAUCCACCGUCAUGGCUCGCCCCGAACCCGUCGCUGUCUGAAACUGCUCGCAUUGCAUCGCAGUACUUGUUCUCUUCCCUCAGACCCUUCGCCCCCAAAUCGCCGUUGGACCAACUCCUCGUCGAAGGCUUCGACGCCGAGCAGAUAUGGCAGCAAAUCGACCUCCAAUCGCAGCCACUGUUAUCAACCCUUCGCCGCCGGUUGAAGAAGCUAGCAAAAAAUCCCGAAGCGAUUUCUCAGCUGAAGGUUCCUUCGGAGGUUGGGAACAAGGAAGAUGAAAAGAAUCGAGCCGAGUGGGACGAUGAGAGCGACGGUUUUGAUGAGGAGUUGGAUGAAGUAGACGAAGAUGAAGAUGAAGAAAGGGUAGAAAAAGAGGACAAAGGAGAAGGAGACGAAGAAGAUGAUGAAAAGAUGGAGGAUGAAGAUGAGGAGAGUGAAGAGAGAGAGGAGGAGAAUGAUGAAGGUGCUGGCAUCGAGGAUAAAUUCUUGAAAAUAGAUGAAUUGGCUAAGUACUUGGAGAAGGAGGAAGAGAAUUUGGAGAAUGAAGAGGCAGGUAAGGAGGAAGAUGACGAUGAUGAAGACACUGACAAUGAUGACGAGGAAAGUGAUGAGGCUGGUGGUUUUGGGAUUGGUGACAAUGAUGAUGAAGAUGAAGAAGCAGAUGUCAUCGGAAAUGCAAGGUAUGAAGACUUCUUUGGAGGUAAAAAGGGAAAAGGCUCAAAAAGAAAAGCUCAGUUACUUCAGGAAUCUGAAGAUUCUGGUGAUGAUGACAUGGAAUUUGACAAACAGGAGAAAGGGAGUGCUUCUGCCUAUGAAAAGCAACUAGAAAAAAUUCAAUCCAAGAUAGAGCAGAUGGAGAAAGCUAACAUAGAGCCAAAAACUUGGACUAUGCAGGGUGAGGUAACUGCUGCAAAGAGACCGAAGAAUAGUGCAUUGGAGGUUGAUCUGGACUUUGAGCAUAAUGUAAGGCCUGCUCCUGUAAUCACUGAGGAGGUUACAGCUUCAAUUGAGGAUGUAAUCAAGAAAAGGAUUAUUGAGGGGCAUUUUAAUGAUGUUCAAAGGAUUCCUAAAUUACCAUCUAAAGUACCUCGAGAAGUUAAAGAGUUGGAUGAGAAUAAAAGCAAGCAGGGUCUUGCAGAAAUUUAUGAGCAAGAAUAUGUUCAGAAGAUAGACCCCAGUUCUGCACCAAUGUCAUUCAAAGAUGAACAAAAGAAUGAGGCAAGCAUGCUGUUUAAGAGACUCUGUCUGAAGCUAGAUGCCCUUUCUCAUUUUAACUUUGCUCCAAAACCUGUUAUAGAAGACAUGUCUAUUCAAACUAAUGUACCUGCUCUGGCAAUGGAAGAAAUUGCACCGGUGGCUAUUUCAGAUGCUGCUAUGCUGGCUCCAGAGGAGGUAUUUGAUGGCAAGGGUGAUAUUAAGGAAGAAGUAGAGCUUACUAAGGCAGAAAGGAAAAGAAGGAGAGCUAAUAAGAAAAGAAACUUUAAAGCUGAGGCAGUAAAAAGGACAGAAAAGAAGGCACGAGAAGGGGCAUUUCAUAGCCAAGUUAAUGGCUAAAGACAAUGCAAUAUUUCAUAGGAUUAAUACAGAAGCUGCAAAACUAACACCAUUAAGGUCAAGGGGAACCCGUGGCAAAACGUAAAGUAGACAUGGAGGAAAAUAUUUUGGAGUCAACCAUGAUAAAUGAGCGAUGGUAUUCAUACGUGUAGCAGUGGCAGAUGAGAGUAACUUGAAUGCUCUUUAUAGUUGGCUAUCGUCAUUGUUCCUCGAAUUCUUGGUUAAUAUCAAAACGUUGGUCGGAAGUUUACUGUUUUGUUGCUUUUACUGCUAUUUAUUUUACUAGUUUAUAGCUGUGGUAUUUAUUUUGUGCUAUAUUUUGUAUUAUUUAAUUUUAUUCAUAGCUAUGUUGUAUUGGUCUGUAUAUCGCUAAUGACUGAUGGUUGAACCUUUGAGAAAAUAAGGAAAAUUUUGGAAAAUUUUGCUUUGAUGCUUCCACUUGUAAAACUUUAUGAAGCUGGUAAAUCUGAUUCUCUCAAUAGUCUUAUGUUAUGGCACUGCUGUAUAAGUUGAU